CAGCCUCUCUUCGCCAUGAAUCAGGCCCAGAUCCCCUCGGCGGAGACCAAGCCCCAAGGGGUCAGGCCCCACAUCUGCUGUGCGCCCCCUCCCCGCGCCCCCACCUCUCUGGGCAGCCCCACCCUGCUGGUCAGAGCCAAGCCCCGACGGGGCAGCCCCCAGCCGGACAGCGAGCCCUGCGUGGCGGAGCGGAGCCCGGACGAUCCCCGGGAUAUCACCGACCCCUGCCCGGCGCAGCCAGCCCCCGACGGCGGCUGGCUCAGCGCCGACGAGUCCUCGGGCUACGAGAGCGAGAGCGCAGGAGGGGAGCGCGGCGGGACCCGCGGGCGGCAGCGGCGGGCGCGCACCGCCUUCACCUCGGAGCAGGUGUGCCGGCUGGAGAAAACCUUCCAGCGCCAGAAGUACCUGGGCGCCACGGAGCGGAGGAAGCUGGCGGCUGCCUUGCAGCUCUCGGAGAUCCAGAUUAAGACCUGGUUUCAGAACCGGAGGAUGAAACUGAAGAGACAGAUCCAGGACCACCAGCACAGCUUCGUGUCCCCUGUUCCAGCCCACAGCUACUCCCCGGGGACCUCACCAACUCUGUUCCAGGAUGGUCUCCACUACCCCUUCGCUGCCCAGCACCAGAGACUCCUCCCUUUUGCCCCGAUACCUGCUGUGCAGUUCAGCUUCUCCUUUCCCAGAUACGAUGCAUCGCAAAGCACCUACCACUUUAUGGCAAACGAAUUCCCCUACUAUCACCAACACCUUCUUCCUCAUCCUUCUUUCCAUCCAGUUAUUCAGAGCAAAAUGGACAGGCAAUGCCAUCCUUUAUAUGCAUUAUAGUGAAAAAAGUGGUUUAUACCGUUAUGUAUUUAAUGCUCAGAAUCUCUUGCCUGAUUUGGAAGAGUGUCUUUACUGCAAGUUAAAUGUUAACAUGAAUAAUUAUAUAUUUGAUAAUAAAAUAUUAAUAAAUCUAGUAUAAAAUGUGUUGUAUAUAUAUAUAUGGUUUUCAUUGCUCCACCCAGG